AUGGAGCCUGGGGCGUCCAUCUACACCUUCCAGGCCUCGGACCAGGACGGAUCAGGGCCCAACAGCCUGCUGACCUACUCCAUCCUGCACCAGGUAGGGUUAGGAGGUUAGGGUUAAGACCCACAGGUUAGAGAAGCAAAUCAGUAACAGGAAUGUUGCUGUUUCAAAUUCCAGACUGGUUGUGAAAGUUGGAGAUGAACUCACUGGCAAAUAGACAAUUUCCUGCCAUUGUGCCCUUGAGCAAGGCACUUAACCCUAUAAACUAGCGGUUUAGGGAGUAGAGCAGAAUAAUGAUUUAUAUCUCUGCAGAUGGACCAAUAAAGUUAUGUUCUAUUCUCCUCUGUUUCAGUACCCUGGACUAAUAAAGUUAUAUUAUAUUCUACUCUGUUCCAGUACCUUGGACUAAAAACGUUAUAUUCUAUUCUAAUCUGUUCCAGUACCCUGGACUAGUAAAGUUAUAUUUAAUUCUACUAUGUUCCAGUACUCUGACCUCCCUGACCUCCUGGCCCUUGACCCUUCCACUGGCGUCCUGACCCUGGCGCAAGAACUGGACCAUGAGGUCACUUCCUCCCUUAUCCUGGUCAUCCAGGCGACAGACUCUGCCCUGAACGUUAGCCAGCGGCGCUGGGGCUCGGUGACGGCGAGGGUAUUUGUGACAGAUGAGAACGACAACGCUCCAGUGUUUAGCUCGUCAUCCGCGGUUAGCGUCAUGGAGGACCAGCCUGUGGGCUUCGUGGUUCUCUACGUCGUGGCACAAGAUGCCGACCAGGGGGAGAACAGACGGGUCAGCUACUUCAUCGAGACUGGCAACGCUGGAGGGACGUUCAGCCUCAACCGUAAUACUGGUGGGUCAUUUAUACAACUCCUAGUGUAAUGAAAGUGGUUUGGAAGCUCAAAGAAAAGGUCACCUUGUCUGAGACCUGAAGACUUUUGUUAGCUCCCCAAGCUAAUGCCUAAGCUUGAGCUCAGCUGGAUAACACAGCCUUGUGGCAUACAGACGACCGGGUUCAAACCCGGUCGGGAACACUGGCAUACGUUAUUGUUUUCUCACGAGAGCAAUCGUGUAGUUGCCAGCUGUGCUGUAAACACAUGGUGUGAUGUCAGAAGGCCAUUGGUACCACAUUCCCAGCUUGCAUGUGGUUGGGUCUGUGAGAGAGUCUCAUAAGGUUCAACCUAUAAUCAGGCCCCAGCACAUUUAAAACAGUAUAAACAGGGAAGUGUGAAGAGAUGUCGUGUGAGAGAUGAAUCAGAGUUAACGAAGUUACCCCAGUGCAUUGCGUAGGCCUGCCUACCUGAGCGCUAAACCCUACCACCACCAACACUGCUGUAACAACCACCACCGCUGUAAGUGACGAUCCAGCUAUCUGGCCGCAGUUUAACAACUUUUUCCACAGCAGAAGGCCGCAGCGAGGAGAGGCUGGCAGUAAACACACACUGCUAGACACGCAACGGGCAGGGCUGCCGUGCAGCACUGAGAUUACACACACACACCAGGCCUGCCGUGCAGUGCUGAGAUUUCCCUCUCCUUCUCAGUACCUGGCCCUGGGAGCAGAGGAGGAGAGAGAGUGCUGUGCCCUGACUCAUUUCAAUUUUAUGCUUUAAUGAGCCGCAACCGUCAAAGAGAGAGUGAGGCGGGAGGGGAAGGAGGGAGGAGGGGGGUGUUGGUUCUGUUUUAAAUUGUUGGGUUUGUGGUUUUCUCUCUGGAUCUCCGUACGCUCUGAGAUAACUUGCCCCUGAGCCUUUAGUAUGGUCAGAGUUAGUGGCUGGAAUAGUUUCAGCCGCUGUGACUCCUCAGUGAUCCCGUCCUAAGCCUGGUCACUAACAGCACAUGGGUAGGAGGAGGGAAGAGAGAGAGAGAGAGAGAGAUGUUUCCAAUUCCAGUCUGUUUGGCUUACGUAUAUGCAUGGUUGUAUUAUAGUAGAGCAGUCACAGUUCUGAAGAUUGGGGUAAGGUAAAGUUGUUUCCUUGCUCUCAUAUGUUUCUACUCAUGUUAGACAUUCUAUUAGUUUAUUCUAUUAAUCGAGUUAGUCUAGGGAACAGCGUCGUCUUACACAAGUUCAUAAAAAAGAACAAUGAAAAACUUUCAGGUGCGGAUUCUCAGACCUAGAUUAAGCCAUCUCCUUGACAAAAAAAUCAUCCCAAAUGGAGAAGCUUAGUCCAGGAGAUGACUGGGAUUAAUAUGGGUCAGGGAAACUCGACACACAUAGUUUGAUGAUUUUAUAUUUCCAUUGAGGAGGGGGAAAGAACCCCUAAUAGAGUUAGGAGACACCCAUCCUCCACCCAGAAGGAGUCAAGGUUACCAUGAUCUGUAGUAGGCCUCUCCUACACAGCUCUCUGUUGUCGUGGUGUAAUGGGAACAUAACCAAAACAGAAUGUGUAGAGAUGGGACCAUUUCUCCUGUCAUCGUAGACCCUGGCCUGGGCCGGUUGGAAGGACAGGACAGGAGCAGACCAGGUGUUUAGAGGAUUAACUCAUGACAUUAACUGUCAUUAUACUGUCUAAUUAUCUGCAUGGCUGGAACCAGUUCAAUAUGGGCACCACACACAUACGCAUGCCUGCACGAACACACACACACAUACACACACACACACACAUAUACUGGAACCAGAUUAAGAUGGCCGCCCUCUCUCUGUGACACACCUGAUAGAUCUUGACAGCUUCCUGUUUCUAUCCCAUCGGCCGACCAUGGGGUUCCUCGGUUCCUGAUUGGUGGGGCGGUGGGGGAGGGGUGGAGCCAGGGUCAAUGUGUGUCUCACACACCACAAGAAAGCCCAGAAGACCAAACGGCAAAUAGUGUGUGUGUGUGUGUGUGUGUGUGUGUGUGUGUGGGUGGGUGUUAUCAAAGUCUCAAAAGAGGGACUGAGUCACACACACACGCACAAACACAGACACAUGCAGUUCUAAUCGCUCCUUUAAUGGUUCCCAGCAGUCUGAGGUUGGGGUUCUUUGGUGUUUUGUUUCUGCCUUUCAUGGGAAUAGAUCCACACACACACACACAGAUGACUGGGUGGACAGGGUGGGUGGGUGUGUAUAAGUAAGUAAAGUUCUUGGCAAGGAGCAGUGCUUGGCCUCCGACGGAGAGGGAGGAAUGACUGGUGAAAGAUGAAGCUAGCAGAGAAGUGAAGCUAGCAGUGAAAGCUGAAGCUAGCAGAGUUGUGAAGCUUGCAGUGAAAGUUGAAGCUAGCAGAGUGUUGGAGUUAUCAGUGAAAGUUGAAGCUAGCAGAGUGUUGAAGCUAGCAGUGAAAGUUGAAGCUAGCAGAGAAGUGAAGCUAGCAGUAUAAGUUGAAGCUAGCAGAGUUGUGCUGGACUAGAGAGCACAGGGACCUUUUCCAGGGUGUGACUGCACUCGGAGAGGGACUGGCUGAGGCUGCGUCCCAAAUAGCACCCUGCAUCCCAGCUAAAUUCACUAAUUUUGACCAGGGCCCAUAAGGCCCUCUCCACUCCUUAGGCUCUCUCUUCAUCCUGUAGUCUGUAUCAUCUCCUCUCCUCCAUCCCAGGAUCCCUCUUUAACCCCUCUCCUCUCCUCCAUGCCAGGCUCCCUCUCUAACCCCUCUCCUCUCCUUCUCCAGGUUCUCUCUCUAUCCUGAAGCCCAUCGACCGGGAGGAGCAGGACCUGUUCAACCUGACCAUCGUAGCCCAGGACCACGGGGUACCAGCGCUCUCAUCCAGCCAGCUGCUGUCUGUCCAGGUCAUCGAUGUGAAUGACGAGGUGCCCUGGUUCCAGGAGAACCAGUACCAAGCCCAGAUUACAGAGAACCAGCCUGCAGGAACCACUGUUCUGGUGGUGUUGGCCUCCGACCUGGACCAAGGUGAGAGAUGCUAGGCUUGAGCUCAGUGGGCUAACACAUGAGAUCCAGUCAUUACAUACAUAGUACAGCACUGACAAGCACAUAAGACUGCAUUACCCUCAUCAUAUACUAUAUGUUAUGGUGGCUUUCUUUAUGACAUAGUAAUAUAGAAAGUACACAUGAUGACACCCAGUUCUUCUACAUAUUUUCUUUAACAAAAUAGAACUCAGUGUCAGCCAGCAGAGCCUCUUGUUCUAAGUGUUGAUCCUCCAUGUGUUCAACGCAUGUUUACAUCAUCAGAACCGCCAGUAACAGUUGGUUUUAAUUGAAGACCAUGCUGGCGGAUGGUGAGUGUGUGUGUGUCCGUGUGUGUGUCUGUGAGUAUGUGUGUGUGUUCACAUUCCCCUGGAGUUAGUCAAGAGCACAUAAACCAGAAGGAUUAUAAAGUUUCUCUCCAGGGUGAUUAGUGGGGUAAGGUGAUGGUGCCAGAGUCUUUCUCUGUUAGCACGCUAUCACACAAAUAACACAACACACACACACACACACAAUCUCCCAGCCUCCGCCCGCCCCGUGCAGCCCAGCCACCCGCUUACACAGCAAAACCAUCUACAAACAAAUAAAAACAGGAAUGCUGCUGUGUUUGCUCUUUUAGGUGAGAAAAAUAAAUUGUGUUUUUUUUCGAAAACACUUAUUUGCAAAUGUUUUCAGUGCCCGGGGGUAGAGAGGAUUCAAAGUAUAACAUGACUGAAUGGAAUAGGACUCUGCCGGUGAUGUCCAUUUGACUCCAAUCCUUCUCCCUACCACAUAACCUUGAACCCUAACCCUUUGAUGUUUGCAAACUGUAUCUGUAAGAUGGAAGCAAUAUGGUGGAAGCUCCACCACUACUACGGUGUUUAUACCUAUACAGACCCUUCAGAUCUUCAGAACAUUGAAGGGUAAGGGCCAAGGGGAUGUAUUGGAAGCUGCUGACAGAUAGUAUUAGGGUUAGACUUCAUAUGCUCCUUCUCUCUCUUUCUCUUUCUUUCUGUCUCUCUUUCUCUCUCUCCAGGUACCAACGGCCAGGUGACAUAUGGAGGCAUCUCUGAGGAGGGUUUCAGCAUCCACCCAGCUACAGGUGUUAUAACCACCACUAAAGCCCUGGACAGAGAGGCACAGGAACAAUACACACUGACAGGUAACUGGCUCUGACCAUAACAUCUAACCCCGAUCCUUAACCGGUAACCCCUCAGGCUAACUCCUGGCCCUAACCCUGAUCCUUAACCGGUAACCCCUCAGGCUAACUCCUGGCCCUAACCCUGAUCCUUAAUCCUAAUCCUAACCACUAAAGCCCUGGACAGAGAGGCCUAAAAACUGUACACUCUGACAGGUAACUGGCCCUUUAUAUGUGUAACCCUUUUUGGUUCCAGGAAGAACCCUUUUUGGUUCCAGGUAGAACCUUUUUGGGUUUCAUGUAGAACCCUCUGUAGAAAGGGUUCUACGUGGAACCCAAAAGGGUUCUACCUGGAACCAAAAAGGGUUCUUCCUGGAACCAAAAAGUGUUCUUCCUGGAAUCAAAAAGGGUUAUUCAAAGCCCUGCCACACUGCUUUACAACGGAGGUACGAUAGCCCUGCCACACUGCUUUACAAUGGAGGUACGAUAGCCCUGCCACACUGCUUUACAACGGAGGUACGAUAGCCCUGCCACACUGCUUUACAAUGGAGGUGCGAUAGCCCUGCCACACUGCUUUACAACGGAGGUACGAUAGCCCUGCCACACUGCUUUACAAUGGAGGUGCGAUAGCCCUGCCACACUGCUUUACAACGGAGGUACGAUAGCCCUGCCAUACUGCUUUACAAUGGAGGUGCGAUAGCCCUGCCACACUGCUUUACAACGGAGGUAUGAUAGCCCUGCCACACUGCUUUACAAUGGAGGUGCGAUAGCCCUGCCACACUGCUUUACAACGGAGGUACGAUAGCCCUGCCACACUGCUUUACAAUGGAGGUGCGAUAGCCCUGCCACACUGCUUUACAAUGGAGGUGCGAUAGCCCUGCCACACUGCUUUACAAUGGAGGUGCGAUAGCCCUGCCACACUGCUUUACAAUGGAGGUGCGAUAGCCCUGCCCCACUGCUUUACAAUGGAGGUGCGAUAGCCCUGCCACACUGCUUUACAAUGGAGGUGCGAUAGCCCUGCCACACUGCUUUACAAUGGAGGUGCGAUAGCCCUGCCACACUGCUUUACAAUGGAGGUGCGAUAGCCCUGCCACACUGCUUUACAACGGAGGUACGAUAGCCCUGCCACACUGCUUUACAAUGGAGGUACAAUAGCCCUGCUACACUGCUUUACAAUGGAGGUAAAUGAACAAGCCAACAUUCCAAACUGGCCAUGUUUUUAUAGUUCUGUUUUUAUUGCAUACAUGAGUGGUGCGAUGGUAAUGUUGGUGUUAUUUUCUCUCCAGCUCUCUCUGUUUGUCUUAAAUCUCUCUAAGAAACACAAUAUGAUUUAGUUAAUAAAUACAUAACACACUCUUUUAGACUGCUGAAGCCUUGUUUAAUUCCUAAUCUUCCCUUUUGUCCAGUGUAUGCCCGAGACGGUGGCGUGCCUCCUAACUUUGCCCGGGCGUCAGUGAAGAUCCGGGUGUUGGAUGAGAAUGACAACGCCCCAGCGUUCAGUAGACUGUACUACAGCCUGGAGGUGCCUGAGAACAUGGAGCCUGUUGAGCUUUUCACCCUCAGAGCUACUGACCUCGACACUGGGGACAGCGGAGAGAUGACCUACAAGAUCACUGGUAAGAGCCAACUACUUGUAGUAGUACAAUUUAAUUAAUAAUUGACUGAUUGAUUGAUUGAUCCAUAGAUCAAUCGAUCUAUAGAUCCAUUGAUCGUAAUGUUGUUAGAUUUACCUUUCAUAUUCUGUAUCUCUUUCGCUCCACCUCCUCUCUUCCUCUUUCCUCCUCUGUUUCUCCCACUUUCUCCCUCCCUCUUCUAGAGGGCGACCCAUCAGGUGACUUCCGUGUGGACAGGAAGUCAGGUGUUCUCUCCACCUCCAGACCACUGGACAGGGAACGUAGGGCCAGGUAUAGUCUGACAGUGACAGCCCUUGACGGGGGCUCUCCAGCCCUGAGCAGCACGGCCACAAUAGAGGUCACUCUCCUGGACAUCAACGACCACAGCCCCCAGUUCACCAGCCCCAGCUACACCGCUGACCUCUCUGAGGAUGUUCCUAUUGGCUCCCUGGUGCUGGAGCUCUCUGCUACUGACCUGGACGAAGGGUCUAACAGCCAGGUACACAGACUGAACUCAUAGGUUAUGUCCCAAAUGACACCCUAGUCCCUACAUAGUGUACUACUUUUGACUAGAGCCCUAUGCCUCCUGAGCCACCUUAAGGUUUGCCAAAUGUAGCAUAACACUUUUGCCACCCUUUAUGAAAUUUAGCUAACAAAUGGAAGCCAUCUAUCUAGACCUUCAAAGGGUUAAUGAAGGCUUCAUUAAGCCUUAAAAGUUAUGUUACGUUUUGUAAUCUAAUCUAAUCUACUGUAAUCUGUUCUAAUCCCAGGUGCAGUACUUCCUGUCGCGCGGCUCCCAGGGCAUGUUCAUCAUUGACCAGCACACAGGACAUGUCAUCACCGCCGCUCCGCUCGACCGGGAACGAACCGCGUCGUACACUUUCGAUGUCUGCGCCACAGACUCGUCCCCCACCAGCCCUCGCAACUCCACCGCCACGGUCACUGUGUAUGUACAGGACGUGAACGACAACGCUCCAUUCUUCAUCCAGGACCCCCUGGUCAUCAACAUCUCAGCCUCCAGGUAGGUAGCCUAGAGGUUAGCGAAGUAGGACAACAGCAGGAAGUUUGCCGGUUCUAAUCCCAUGUCCGGCAGGGAAGAAUCUGGUUUGGAGUGUACUGUUUUGUCUUCUUUGUUGCGAAUUAAAUAAAACAUUUAUAAAAAAGGGUUGCUGGUGUGCCAUCACCUGCUGCUGUGUGUCUUAGAUGCCAUCACCUACUGUUGUGCCCUUGAGCAAGGCACGUAACCCCUAAACUGCUCAACGGGCAUCGUAGUAUGGCUGCCCUCUGCUCCAACCGACCUCUGUAUGUGUCUUUCAGAGGGGUUAGAAUAAAAGCAAAAGAAAAGUUUUAGUUGGACAUCCAUGUUCUUCUUCUUCUUCUCCAGUGUCUCCUCCCACCGCGUCCUGGCCACCAUGCGGGCGGAGGACCGUGAUUUUGGGGCCAACGGCUCAGUGUUCUACCGCUUCGCCAGCCCUGUCCGGGGAUUCACCAUCAACUCUCUGACCGGGGACAUCCAGGUGUUGUUACAUUAUUAAUCAGGGUAUUUAUGUGUCAAAUAACGCCCGUAAGGGAUGGCUUGCUUAGGGCGACUUAAGACUAAAAUACUUUUCAUUCAUUCAUUAAUUCAUUCAUUCAUUCAUUUAUCCCAGGCUACAGAGAAGCUGCAAGGACUGACCCAGGGCCAGAGGACUCUGAUUGUAGAGGCUAUGGACCAGGGCAGCCCAGCCCAGUCCUCUCUAGGGGUGGUGGUCAUCUACAUCAGAGAACAGACCUACAGGGGGAUCCACUUCUCACGCCACGCUAGAGACGUCAGUCUGCAGGAGAACGCCGCCAAAGGUAGGAACAGGGGAUUUUUCUUUGAUUCAAAGAGUGUGAUAUUAAGGUAUAUAUGUUUUGUUGUGAGUCUGAGGUGUGUGACAGAGUGGCGCCGGAGAAGAUGGCUGCCGUUUUACAGCCCUCUAACCAAUUGUACUAUUAUGUGUGUUUUUUCACGUUAUUUGUCAUUUAUUCUGUACAUAAUGUUUCUACCACCGUCUCUUAUGACCAAAAAGAGCUUCUGGAUAUCAGGACAGCGAUUACUCACCUCGUAUUGGACAAAGAUUUUUUAUUCAAUGAGUCAGUCGGACGCGAAGGAUAUUCUACAUGAGAAAGAGACGGACAUAUCGUGGACGUAGGUUGGGUGCCUUGUAAGGAUCCGACGGCGAGCGAGUAAACUGUCUCUUCCAUCAAUCCUAUUAGCCAAUGUUCAAUCAUUUGAAAAUAAAUUGGACGACCUAAGAUUAAGGUUAUCCUACCAACGGGACAUUAAAAACUGUAAUAUCUUAUGUUUCACCGAGUCGUGGCUGAAUGAUGACAUGGAUAACAUAAAGCUGGCGGGAUAUACUCUACAUCGGCAGGAUAUAACGGCUGACUCCGGUAAGACAAGGGGUGGCGGUCUGUGUAUAUUUGUAAACAACGGCUGGUGCAUAAAAUCUAAUACUAAGGAAGUCUCUAGGUUUUGCUCGGCUGAGGUAGAGUAUCUCAUGAUAAGCUGUAGACCACACUAUUUACCAAGAGAGUUUACAUCUAUAUUUUUCGUAGCUGUCUAUUUACCACCACAAACCGAUGCUGGCACUAGAUUGCACUCAAUGAGCUGUAUAAGGCCAUAAGUAAACAGGAAAACGCUCAUCCAGAGGCAGCGCUCCUAGUGGCCGGGGACUUUAACGCAGGGAAACUUAAAUCUGUUCUACCUAAUUUCUACCAGCAUAUGUGCAACCCUCCAUUUGGCAAAUCUGACCAUAACCCUAUCCUCCUGAUUCCUGCUUAAGCAAACACUAAAGCAGGAAGCACCAGUGACUCGGUUAAUAAGGAAGUGGUCAGAUAAUAAUAAUAAUAAUAAUAAUAGAUGACGCAGAUGCUAAGCUACAGGACUGUUUUGCUAGCACAGACUGGAAUAUGUUCUGGGAUUCUUCAGAUAGCAUUGAGGAGUACACCACAUCAGACACUGGCUUCAUCAAUAAGUGCAUCGAUGACGUCGUCCCCACAGUGACCGUACAUACAUACCCCAACCAGAAGCCAUGGAUUACAGGCAACAUCCGCAUUGAGCUAAAGGGUAGAGCUGCCGCUUUCAAGGAGCGGGACGCUUAUAAGAAAUCCCCCUAUGCCCUCAGACGAACCAUCAAACAGGCAAAGAGUCAAUACAGGACUAAGAUUGAAUCGUACUACACCGGCUCCGACGCUCAUCAGAUGUGGCAGGGCUUGAAAACUAUUACAGACUACAAAGGGAAGCACAGCCGCGAGCUGCCCAGUGACACGAGCCUACCAGACGAGCUUCUAUGCUCGCUUCGAGGCAAGCAACACUGAAGCAUGCAUGAGAGCAUCAACUGUUCCGGAUGACUAUGUGAUCACGCUCUCCGUAGCCGAUGUGAGUAAGACUUUUAAGCAGGUCAACAUUCACAAGGCCGCAGGGCCAGACGGAUUACCAGGACGUGUACUCCGAGCAUGCGCUGACCAACUGGCAAGUGUCUUCACUGACAUUUUCAACAUGUCCCUGACUGAGUCUGUAAUACCAACAUGUUUCAAGCAGACCACCAUAGUCCCUGUGCCCAAGAACACUAAGAAACCUGCCUAAAUGACUACCGACCCGUAGCACUCACGUCUGUAGCCAUGAAGUGCUUUGAAAGGCUGGUCAUGGCUCACAUCAACACCAUUAUCCCAGAAACCCUAGACCCACUCCAAUUUGCAUACCACCCCAACAGAUCCACAGAUGAUGCAAUCUCUAUUGCACUCCACACUGCCCUUUCCCACCUGGACAAGAGGAACACGUACGUGAGAAUACUAUUCAUUGACUACAGCUCAGCGUUCAACACCAUAGUGCCCUCAAAGCUCAUCACUAAGCUAAGGACCCUUGGACUAAACACCUCCCUCUGCAACUGGAUCCUGGACUUCCUGAUGGGCCGCCCCCAGGUGGUAAGGGUAGGUAACAACACAUCAGCCAGGCUGAUCCUCAACACGGGGGCCCCUCAGGGGUGCGUGCUCAGUCCCCUCCUGUACUCCCUGUUCACCCAUGACUGCAUGACCAGGCACGACUCCAACACAAUCAUUAAGUUUGCAGACGACACAACAGUGGUAGGCCUGAUCACCGACAACGAUGAGACAGCCUAUAGGGAGGAGGUCAGAGACCUGGCCGUGUGGUGCCAGGAUAACAACCUCUCCCUCAGCGUGAUCAAGACAAAGGAGAUGAUUGUGGACUACAGGGAAAAAAAGAGGGCUGAGCACGCCCCCAUUCUCAUCGACGGGGCUGUAGUGGAACAGGUUGAGAGCUUCAAGUUCCUUUGUGUCCACAUCACCAACAAACUAUCAUGGUCCAAACACACCAAGACAGUCGUGAAGAGGGCACGACAAAGCCUAUUCCCCCUCAGUAGACUGAAAAGAUUUGGCAUGGGUCCUCAGAUCCUCAAAAAGUUCUACAGCUGCACCAUCGAGAGCAUCCUGACUGGUUGCAUCACCGCCUGGUAUGGCAACUGCUCGACCUCCAACUGCAAGGCACUACAGAGGGUAGUGCGUACGGCCCAGUACAUCACUGCGGCCAAGCUUCCUGCCAUCCAGGACCUUUAUACCAGGCGGUGUCAGAGGAAGGCCCUAAAAAUGGUCAAAGACUCCAGCCACCCUAGUCAUAGACUGUUCUCUCUGCUACCGCACGGCAAGCGGUACCGGAGCGCCAAGUCUAGGUCCAAAAGGCUUCUUAACAUCUUCUACCCCCAAGCCAUAAGACUCCUUUAAUUAUUAGCUAUUUUUAUUUUUUACUUAAAACUGCAUUGUUGGUUAAGGGCUUGUAAGAAAGCAUUUCACUGUAAGGUCUACACCUGUUGUAUUCUGCGCAUGUGGCAAAUAAAAUGUGAUUUGACUUGUAUAAUGUAAGUAAUCAAUGUGAGACUGAGGUGUGUAUAAUGUAAGUAAUCAAUGUGAGACUGAGGUGUGUAUAAUGUAAGUAAUCAGUGUGAGACUGAGGUGUGUAUAAUGUAAGUAAUCAGUGUGAGACUGAGGUGUGUAUAAUGUAAGUAAUCAGUGUGAGACUGAGGUGUGUAUAAUGUAAGUAAUCAGUGUGAGACUGAGGUGUGUAUAAUGUAAGUAAUCAGUGUGAGACUGAGGUGUGUAUAAUGUAAGUAAUCAGUGUGAGACUGAGGUGUGUGUGUUUAGAACACAGUGUGAUAGUGAGGUGUGGUUUGUCCUCCUCCAGGUACCGCUGUGGUGCAGACUCAGGCCCAGUACCCUGAUGGAUCCCGUAGUGGGAUCAGUUACAGCAUCUUCAGUGGCAACACGCUACACUCCUUUGGAAUCAGCUCCUCCACUGGUAAGCCACUGGGGUGGGGAAUUAUAUAAAACCCAUGUUGACAAUAUUUUCGAUUCACUAUAUGAAAAAGGUGUGUAAAAAACCUUUACGUGUGUUUACACUCUACAUCCCUGAUGCAUAUCAUGAAUAUCCAUUGCCCAAUUGGUUCUCAGCCCCUUGUUAUUGUUCUAACCAGGUGAGAUCUGUCCUUGAUAUUGUUCUAACCAGGUGAGAUCUGUCCUUGUUAUUGUUUUAACCAGGUGAGAUCUGUCCUUAUUGUUCUAACCAGGUGAGAUCUGGGUACAGAGCUCCAUGGGGCUGGACUAUGAGGAGACCCCUAGACUCCGCCUAGUGGUGAAGGCUGAAACGGCAUCCUCCAGUUCCUUCAUGGCGGUCAACCUGAUCCUGCAGGACGUCAAUGACAACCUGCCGCGCUUCCAGCUGCAGAACUAUGUAGCCUACAUACGAGAGGCACAGGGAUAUCAUUUCCCUAUCAUACAGGUAGGUACACUAACAAGCGUGCACACACUGAUGCACGCUGCACGCACACACACACAAACACACACACACACUUAUAUUAUGCUUGGCUAUAGGUGGUGUGAGGUUGUGGGCUAGAAAACGCUCUAAGUUCAGACGGUAGAGAUCUGGAUAGUUUCAGUGCUGCUGCGGUAGUUCUGAGAGGUGACUGUCUGUUCCUAUGCCUCUUCUACAGUGUGUUUCCAACAUCCCUGUUGAGUAUAUAGACUCAGCUGUAUGACGCCACGGCCAUUUAGAACCUUUUUAUAAACUCUCGUUCCACUGCUCCAACAGUUCCAAGUCCAAUAUCCAUCACCAGGUCCUGUUACUGUUCCACAGCUGUUAUAAAUCUGUUCUUUGUUUUGAUGUAUUUCUUCUCUGACAUCUGACCUCUGGUCACGUGACUUCCUGUCUGUCCCCAGGUGUUGGCAGAUUAAUAUAAUUUUUUAUAUAUUUUUGUAUCGCUUUCAAAAACAAAACAACAUUCAAAACAAUGAACAGCAGGGGAAGGGUGAACAACAGCCAAUGACAGCUAAAUCAGUUUCCUACACAGUAAAACAGAUUGGAAAAGGCUAACCAUAAACACAAGUACACUUUGCUUUUAAGACUAAAGAAAACCAGUGAUAUCAGAAGACAAUACUUUUUUUUGUUUAGAUUAUCUUUCUGACCUCUGACCUCAGUCAUGUGACUUCCUGUGCAGGUGGUGGCUGAUGACCUGGACCAGGGCCAGAAUGGUCAGGUGACCUACAGCCUGAGGUCGUCGUCUCUCAGCGGCCUGUUCAAGAUCGACCCGCUGACCGGAAGCAUCACCACCGCCGCAAUCAUGGACCGAGAGAUCUGGACACAAACCAAGUGAGGGGCAGGGCCUUGGGAUGUGUGUGUGUGUUUGUUCACAAUCUGCCUGCCAUGUGGUUUGCCUCAGUGGGCUAACCUUUGUUUUCAGUCUAUAAAUACUCUCCCUGUUACUGUACUCUCUCUCUCUUUGCAUUGGAAACUAAAUAUCUGUCAUGCUCUGGGCUACAACAGGUUCUGAUGUAAGACAGCAGGAGAUGAAAGGUUAUGAAACCUGAAACAUAAAAGAUAAGAACUGAACUCCAACUGACAGUUAAUUUUUUUGUUUCCAUGGCACCAGGCUGGUUGUUACGGCGACGGACCGGGGCACACCACGAUUGGCCGGCUCGGCGACUCUCACGGAAUGA